GGCCGGGAGUGCAGCCCAACCAGCCAAUUGCGGGGAGCGCUGCGUGCCUGCCCAGCCAGUCAGAAGCCUGGUUUUGUCGCCCCACCCCUGCCCCCCAUUCCGGACCUUGGGACACCUACCAUGACUUUUCGCGUUCACUCUCUGCCGUGACCGUUCACGCGUUUUCCGCCGGCCAUGCCUUUCGUUGAGCUGGACACGAACUUGCCCACCGGUCGUGUGCCUGCGGGAUUGGAGAAGCGGCUCUGUGCGGCCACCGCAGCCAUCCUGAAGAAACCCGAGGACGUGAGCGUGGGCAGGGGAGCGCGGUGGGAGGAGCGCGUGACGGUGACCGUGAGGUCCGGCCUGGCCAUGGUGGUGAAUGGCUCGAAUGAGCCCUGCGCGCAGAUGCUGGUCUCCUCCAUCGGUGUGGUGGGCACGGCCGAGGAGAACCGUGGCCACAGCGCCCGCUUCUUCGAGUUCCUCACCAAGGAGUUGGACCUGGGCCAGGAUCGGAUAAUUAUCCGCUUUUUCCCCCUGGAGCCCUGGCAGAUUGGCAAGAAGGGGACAGUCAUGACUUUUUUAUGAAUGGCAUGGAGGGCAUCCAGGGCAUCUGUAAGCUGGCCACCCCUUUCAGAGAGGCCACCUGGCAGGGUAAGGGCCUGGUGGAUACCAGCUCUGGGCCCCCCUGCCCCGCUCUCCCCCACAGACAUGCAUAGUACCUCACAGUUGUCAUUUUCCCCAUCCUCAUGCCAAAUAAAUGAAGAGAGCCUCAUCUUUCAAA